AGAAGUGAAAAAAAAAAGAAAAAGAAACGGCCGGUGAGUAAUAAAUAUCUCUCGAGGUCCUCCUCCUCCUUUCCUUUGAUAACUUUCCGGCAAAAUCUCAGAACCUCCCCAUUUUUCUUUGCCGAUUAUUGAUCGGAAUUGCUUUGUUCGCUCAUCUGCCAACUUCCUUCCUACUCGGUGUAGGAAUCUUACGUGUCCAAUCAUCUGUCUAUUUUUGGAAACAAAUCCUCAGUGAUUUUGUACUUUACUUAUAUCAAAUUCGAUAACUAGGGUUUAUCGAAUCGGAUUGUUGUUUCUCCAAUUAUAAUAAUUCAAGUUGGUUCACACAGUAGCGUCGACUUUUCAUAGCCGCUGUUGUCGAAUUUUGAAUUUCUCGAUUUUCCCGGCGCUUUUGUUACGAUUCAAGGAGUUUGAACAAGUAGGGCUUCUCGUUGCGGAGAUCAUGGAUAUUGACGGAGUAGACGACGAUCUUCAUAUUUUAGAUCCUGAGCUCUUGCAGCUCCCCGGUUUGUCUCCUUCUCCCCUCAAACCAACCUCUCUUAUUGCUGAUGACCUCUUCUCUCAGUGGCUCUCACUCCCUGAAACUGCCACAUUGGUAGCCACCUUCUUAUUUCUACACUUCCUUCCUUGGCCUCUCUUUUACACAAGUGUGUUCCAUGACCUUGGUUUCCCAUUUUUCAUGUUUCUGUAGGUCAAGUCUUUGAUUGAUGAUGCUAAAUCUGGAACACCAACUAAUAAAUCCAAGAAUUUGCCUUCUGUGUUUCUGAGCAGCAGCACUCCCCCACUAUCUCCACGAAGCUCCUCUGGUUCCCCUCGUUUCUCCAGGCAAAGGACUAGCCCUCCUUCUCUCCACUCUCCUCUUAGAUCACUCAAGGAGCCAAAGCGCCAACUCAUUCCUCAGAUAGCUUUCGUUAGUAGAUGCAGGGUACAAUUUAAACCGAGGCUACUAAUUUGUAGUUCUACUACCAACACGGGCGUCCACCAGCAAAAGAACUAAAGGAGCAAUGUCUAUCCAUGGUUGAUCAAGUUUUUAGUAACUAUAUUGAUGGACUACAUGUAGAUGAAUUCAAAUCCAUUACGAAACAAGUCUGCAAGCUGCCUUCUUUUCUUUCUCCUGCACUUUUCAGAAAGAUCGAUCCCAAUUGCACUGAUAUAGUUACAAGGGAUGCAUUUAUCAAGUAUUGGAUUGAUGGCAAUAUGUUAACUAUGGACACAGCCUCCCAGAUAUAUAAUAUACUAAGGCAGCAGGGCUGCAGCUAUCUCAGACAGGCAGACUUCAAACCAGUUCUUGAUGAGCUUCUGGCAACACAUCCUGGAUUAGAAUUUUUGAGGACGAUAAGCGAGUUUCAAGAAAGAUAUGCUGAAACGGUCAUCUACAGAAUAUUUUACUACAUUAACAGAUCCGGAACUGGCUGCCUUACUCUUAGAGAGCUGAGACGUGGAAAUUUAAUUGCUGCUAUGCAACAACUUGAUGAAGAGGACGACAUUAAUAAAAUUAUUAGGUACUUCUCCUAUGAGCACUUCUACGUGAUAUACUGCAAAUUUUGGGAACUUGAUGGUGACCAUGAUUGUUUUAUUGAUAAGGACAAUCUCAUCAAAUAUGGUAAUAAUGCCCUUACCUACAGGAUUGUUGAUAGAAUAUUUUCACAGAUUCCAAGGAAGUUUACGAGUAAAGUUGAAGGGAAGAUGAGUUAUGAAGAUUUUGUGUACUUCAUUCUCGCUGAGGAAGACAAGUCUUCCGAGCCUAGUCUUGAGUAUUGGUUCAAAUGCGUAGACUUGGAUGGAAAUGGGGUAAUCACUUCAAACGAAAUGCAGUUUUUCUUCGAAGAGCAGCUGCAUCGCAUGGAAUGCAUAACCCAGGAAGCUGUUCUUUUCAGUGAUAUCCUAUGUCAAAUAAUUGACAUGAUUGGACCCGAGAAGGAGAACUGUAUCACCCUCCAGGAUCUGAAAGGAUCGAAACUUUCAGCAAACGUUUUCAAUAUACUCUUCAACCUUAAUAAGUUCAUGGCAUUUGAAACACGUGACCCAUUUCUCAUUCGCCAGGAACGGGAAGAUCCAAAUUUGACAGAGUGGGAUCGAUUUGCUCAGAGAGAGUAUGCGAGAUUGUCAAUGGAGGAAGAUGUAGAUGAAGUCUCAAAUGGGAGUGCAGAUGUCUGGGAUGAACCACUCGAACCUCCAUUUUAGUCCAUAGUGAAACCAACCAAAUAAGGAGACUUAUGAUUUGAGGUUUUCCCUGGAGAGAGAUCCAUGAUCAGAGAUUGGAGGUCACUGUUGGUUGUUACCAGACGCUUUCAUCAUCAUUUCCAAAAGAGUCUCAGCCAAAUUCAUGAAAUUUUUGCAAUUUUGUUUUGGUUUCAUUAUAAAGAUUAUAUCAAGUUGGGCCCUCUCUCCCUCUACAUCAUCUAGUGUCCAUAUAACCAGUUGGAUUGUCCAACUCAGAAUGUACUCAUAAAUCUGAAUUGUUAAACUCUUUUAGUCUUUACUGUCACACGAAUAUAUUUUCAGAAAGAAAUCUGAAUUGUAAAUCUCUUUAGUUGCACUGAUAUCUUUUUCAU